CUAACAAUGAGUUCGCACGAUGACUAGUCUGCUGCGAUCGGUUUCUCGAUAUAGGCGCGUCCGCACUUAAUUCUCUUCCUUCCCAUUCCUUCCAAUUCAAUCCUCUGAUUAUCUUGUGUCAAAUCACGUUGAAUUGCAAGAAGUACGACAAACAUACCUUGGUGCGCGUAUUGUAGUACGAAAUUGUGAGGAAUCAAAAUUUUGAAAUAUCUAUAGGAUUGACGUAACACUUCAUCGCUAGCGCAAGUGCGAGUUUCGCGAUGUCCACUGUUAAUGACUUAAUAAAGGAUUUGCCAAAGGGACCGCUGGAUGCGUACAGGGAACGAGCAACGUUCGACUGGAAGUCAUUCAAGUUGACUUUAGAGGGAAAAGAUCGCGUGCUGUAUCAGAAAAACUUAUGGGAAUUUAUCGAGAACCACCCAGCGUUUCAAAGACUAACGGACCUAACGAGUUUGGACGAAAUGCGAAGGCGUUGUAACAGACAGAUGAAUGCACUUCGUGAGAAUGACAUAGAUCCAUUGUCAGCUGGUGAGUGUUAUCUUUAUAUUUUUCAAUACGAUGGAUCGAUAGGGGCGAAAGGGGGCAUUUCAUUAAUAAUGGUACCAUCUUGUAUAUUUUCACUGGGUACCGACCAACAUCAACCUCUUAUAGCAGAAUUUUGCAAUGGAAAUUAUCACGGCUGUUUUGCGCUGACAGAAAUUUCUCAUGGAACCAAUGCGAAGGGCAUGCGAACUAGAGCGACAUAUGACGUAGCAACGAAAAGUUUUAUCUUUCAUACACCUGAUUUUGAGGCUGCAAAAUGUUGGGCGGGUAAUUUAGGAAAAUGCGCAACGCACGCCAUCCUAUUUGCCCAGUUAAUCACACCAGAUGGAAUAAGUCAUGGCCUGCAUGUUUUCGUCGUGCCAAUUCGCGAUCUGAAAACUCAUCUACCUUUCCCUGGUGUAACCAUUGGUGAUAUGGGUGAAAAGAUAGGCCUUAAUGGAAUAGACAAUGGAUUUCUAAUAUUCAAUAAUUACUCUGUAUCACGUAGCUGCCUGUUAAAUCGCAACGCGGAUGUCAGCGAAAAUGGAGAGUAUGUUCCCGCUAUAAAGGAUGAACGAAAAAGACAUAGCUCGUCUUUGGAUACACUUUCAGGAAGCCGUGUAAACAUUACUUUGGUAUGUGCGCAAUAUAUGAUCAUUGCAAUAACGAUUGCCAUACGUUACUGCGCAGUUAGAAGACAAUUUGGCCUUAUCGAGGAUAAGGAAUUGCCGGUUAUAGAAUAUCAAAUGCAACAAUGGCGAAUCAUUCCUCGUUUAGCCGAAACUUACGCAGUAAAAAUAUUUGCAAUGACAAUGUACCAAAAGGUAUACGAUUUUAUAAUGAGGUAUACGAUUUUACGCCUUAAGGAUAAAAAUGGAGAUUUGAUUGCUGAUACAGGAAAGGAGAUACACGCGUUAUCUUGUGCAACGAAGCCAUUGUGUUCGUGGAUUGCUCGUGACGCGAUUCAGGAUUGCAGAGAAUCUUGUGGUGGGCAUGGGUACUUAAAAAUGUCACGUUUGGGUGAUAUCAGAGAUGAAAACGAUGCAACAUGUACGUAUGAGGGCGAAAACAAUGUACUUAUUCAACAAGCAAGUAAUUGGUUGUUAAAUCAAUGGGAUAAUAUGAUUAAAAAACAAUCUGUCUCGUCUCCGCUUAAUUCCGCCGACUUUCUUAUGAACGCGAAAGAAAUACUUAACACCAAAUUUAGUCAAACUACAGUGGAAGAUGUACUGAAGCCUGAAAAUUUGCUCUUAGUUUUUCAAUGGCUGGUUUGUUAUUAUUUGAAAAAGACAUAUCGACGUAUGAUGGAACUUAAAUCAAGCGGAAUGUCUGAUUUUGAUGUAAGAAAUCAUAUCCAAACGUUUCUAGCGCGAACAUUGUCUCUGGUAUAUGCAGAGCAUGCAGUAAUGCUAUACUUCAUUAGAACUGUACAAGAUCCAAAGUGGCAAACAAACGAGAGAGAAGUACUAACAAAAUUAUGUUCUUUAUUUGGUGCGGCAACGUUGGAGAAAAGAUUGGGAGAUUUAUAUGGCGGUGGUUAUGCCUCCUCUAGCAGUAACAUAGAUGGUCUCUUGCGGGAAGGAAUUAUAAUUCUGUGCAGAGACUUAGUCGACAAUGUAGUUGCUUUAGUUGACGUACUGGCACCACCAGACUUUGUCCUUAAUUCUCCAUUAGGAAUGUCGGAUGGCGAGGUGUACAAACACAUGAAGGAGUGGAUGUUCAAAAAUAAAGAGAACUUGGAACGUCCAUCGUGGUGGAAUGAAAUUCGAUCUAAAUUGUAACAUUACAAAUAUAGCUACAAGAAAUUAUUCCCAUUAUAGUAUACACACACACACACACACACACGCGCGCGCGCGCGCUCGGGGAAAAGGUUACAGAUUUAGAAUAUUAUCAAAAUGCAUAACUUAAAAAAAGCGUACAAAACAUUAUUUGUUUAAAAUUUAUUAUAUUAAUAUUUAAAUAUUAAAAUAAUUUGUUAUUUAUUAUUGCAA